ACAUUUCUGAUAAUUAAAAGCCAAAUGAAUUUUUAAUAACUUCAACUAUUUAAUGUACUUCUGCCUUAGUUUCAUUUAAACAGUUCAACAGUUAGCUUUGUUCUCUCGCAAAAUGAGACUAAAAUCAUAUAUAGGAAUACUCCUUUCUAUACUCCUUAUAGAUACGAUUACUCGUACUUUGGGAAAACUGGUCAGGAUUACCGGACUUAGUUGUCAAGCUGUUGAUCCAACGUUUUGUCGUUAUGAAAAUUGUAUUCUGAAAGCAAAAAGUCGUGACUUUAAGGAACUUAGCAUGGUGGUCAGAUUGCUUCAGAUUCCUGUGGAUAAUAUAACGCUACGUGUUGAAUUCUUUCGACGUAGCUACACAUCACAACCAAUACUUCAAUUCGAAAUCGAUGGAUGUCAAUACUGGAGAAACAAACGUCGUAAUCCCAUUGCAAAAACGCUCUACAUGUUAUUUCACUUGGAGAAGUUUACUAAUAUAAAUCAUUCCUGCCCCUACAAUCACGAUAUCAUUGUAGAUCGAAUGCAAAUCAAUAGGAAUUUAAAUAUGCCUUUGCCACUCGCUAGGGACGAUUACACCAUAUUAGCUUAUUGGUCGGCUUUCAAAGUUCUACGCAGUAUUCUUUCUAUUACUAUGCAAAUUAACGUUGAAAUCUUUCGACGUAGUUACAGCACACAGAUUCUAUUUCAAACAGUUGUCGAUGGAUGCAAGUUUUUGACUAAUAAGCGACGCAAUCCAAUUGCAAGUGCAAUCUACAGAUUCUUUCGCAUGGAUGAAUUCACUAAUAUGAAUCAUUCGUGUCCAUACAAUCAUGAUCUUGUUGUUGAUCAUUUGCCGUUUGAUAAGAGCUUGAAUCUUCGACUUCCUAUUGGAAAAGGCGAAUACGUUCUUAAAAUGCAUUGGAAAACUUAUAAUGUUCUGCGUUCAAUUAUCGAUGUUAAUAUUCAAAUUACAGAUUAA